CUCGUUACGAACGUGAUUAUACGGGACUAUUCUCUUUUAGUUGUGGCGAAUAGGAGUGAGUGGCCUUUUACAAAAUGGGGGCCUACAAGUAUAUGCAGGAGUUAUGGAGAAAGAAGCAAUCUGAUGUUAUGCGGUUUCUGCUGCGACUUCGUUGCUGGCAUUAUAGACAGCUGACAAGUGUACAUCGUGCUCCUCGACCAACACGUCCCGAUAAGGCUCGUCGUCUAGGCUACAGAGCCAAACAAGGUUAUGUUAUUUACCGAGUGAGAAUCCGUCGUGGAGGUCGCAAGAAACAGGUGCCUAAGGGCUGUACUUAUGGAAAACCUAAAAAUCAUGGAGUAAACCAACUGAAGCCUGUCCGAAACAAGCAGUCAGUUGCUGAGGAACGUGUUGGCAGACGUUGUGGAGCUCUUCGAGUUAUGAAUUCAUAUUGGAUAGCACAGGAUUCUACAUAUAAAUAUUUUGAGGUUAUCCUGAUUGAUCCAUACCACAAGGCUGUUCGUCACGAUCCUAAAGCCAACUGGAUAGCUAAUGCUGUUCAUAAGCAUCGUGAACUACGUGGUUUGACCUCAGCUGGCCGCAAGUCUCGUGGUUUGGGUAAAGGUCAUAGGUACUCCAAGACUAUUGGUGGUUCUCGUCGUGCUUGCUGGAAGAGAAGGAACACCUUGCAGCUGCGCAGAAAACGUUAACUUUUUUUUUCAAACACUGUGAAAUAAAAAUAAAAAAAGAUUAAGUGGA